UAAAUAAAUACUCUAACCUAAUCCACCUAACCCAAUCCAAAAACUUACUACAUUGAUCAGAUAAAAAAUUAAGUACCGUUCCAACAGAAAAGAAAGUAAAUGCAAUUUACUUUAUAAAUCAAAACCCAUAUUUCUUCCAUUUUCAAGUUUCCUUGUUUACCAGCAAAAGCAGGACAAAACUCAAAGUAACAGAGGUAAAUUAAUGGUGAGUCCUUCCAACCGAGUUGCUCGACUCGCCACGGUGAAAAUGGAGGCCUGCACAACGGAACAUGCUCCGGGAAACGAAGAAAUUCGACGCGCUGAAUUUGAUUCGAGUCCUGAAGCAGCCAAAGCAGAUGAAGAUGAAAUCUGUUAUCUUUCAGGAAAGCCGUAUUUCGAUAUUAUUAUAGGAAAAACACAUCUCAACCGCCCCCGUGGACUGUACCCUCCUAUAAGUAUGACUCAACGGCUUCCUCGUGCCACGAUCCCAGCUGUUCUAAGACACGGUGGCAAAACAUGGAACAUGUCUUAUUGUGGAGACGCGGCUCGGCCGAGGUUCGACUACAAAUGGAAAGCGUUUGUGGCCGACAAUCAUCUGAAGGUUGGAGAUGGUUGCGUUUUCGAACUUAUGGAGUCGGACAGUAGAAACGCCGUAUUCAAAGUUAUGAUCGUGAGGGGCGAGAUUCCGCCUGAACUGCAGGCGUUGAUCGAUUCCCGCGGUAAGUCCGAGGCGGUACCUAUAGUUAUCGACUAGAAACUCAAUCUUUGUCUCGUCUGUAAUUCGCUCGUUUUUUUGCGUGUUCGUAUCGAGUGCUGUACGUGCAUUGAAUAUUGGUGCUGUAGUUUGUCUUGCGGAUGUUCGGAUUCGUGAGUUUCUAAAUUCGGGCAUGUAAUAGAUACUGGAUGGGAAAGGGUGUAUACGCCAAAAGGUUAAAUGUUUGGGGUGUGUUUACUAAAAGACCAAAGUUCAGGGAGGUGAAUGCAAAUUAGUAAUUACCCUUUAAUAUCGCAAGAUUGAAAUAGUUG